AUGUCCGCCGCCGUCGCCUCCGUCCCGGCCCCAGCGCCGAAGAAGCUGGAGAAGAAGCCCGUCAAGUUCUCCAACUUGCUUCUGGGUGCCGGUCUCAACCUCUUUGAGGUCACCACGCUCGGCCAGCCAUUGGAGGUCAUCAAGACCACCAUGGCUGCCAACCGCAGCGAUGGUUUCCCUUCUGCCCUGCGCCGCAUCUGGAACCGUGGUGGCAUCUUUGGCUUCUACCAGGGUCUUAUCCCAUGGGCCUGGAUUGAGGGCUCCACCAAGGGUGCCGUGCUCCUCUUCGUUGCCUCCGAGGCCGAAUACCAUGCUCGCGCCGCCGGCGCCAGCGACUUCGGUGCCGGUAUCACCGGCGGUAUCAUUGGUGGUGUUGCGCAGGCGUAUGCCACCAUGGGCUUCUGCACUUGCAUGAAGACGGUCGAAAUUACCAAGCACAAGAUAAGCGCCACCGGCCAGAAGGCCCCCGGCACCUGGGCCACCUUCAUGGACAUCUACCGUCGAGAGGGUAUCCGCGGUAUCAACAAGGGCGUCAACGCCGUUGCCAUUCGCCAGAUGACCAACUGGGGUUCCCGUUUCGGUCUCUCUCGUCUUGCUGAGCAGGGUAUCCGCAAGGCCACCGGCAAGAAGGAGGGCGAGAAGCUGGCUGCGUGGGAGAAGAUCCUUGCCUCCGCCCUCGGUGGUGGUCUCUCCGCCUGGAACCAGCCCAUCGAGGUCAUCCGCGUCGAGAUGCAGAGCAAGAAGGAGGACCCUAACCGCCCCAAGAAGAUGACUGUCGGCAACACCUUCCGCUACAUCUACCAGACCAACGGUGUCAAGGGCCUGUACCGUGGUGUUACCCCCCGUAUCGGUCUCGGUAUCUGGCAGACCGUCUGCAUGGUCGCUUUCGGCGAUAUGGCCAAGUCCUACGUUGAGAAGUUGACCGGCGAGGCCGUCACCGCGAAGCACUAA